AUGUCUGCGAAAAGUGGAAAGCCGAAGAAUUCUGAAGUUUCUGGUCUAGGAAAAACGUAUCUCUUUGCAUAUAAUGGAAUUCAAACUAUAGGGUGGUCCUACUUAUUAUGCCAGACAAUAAUUCACUUUUUGAAUCGUGGAACGCUAGAUACCGUUUGGGAUGAAAUAAAAUGGUCGGUCUAUAUUUUUCAAAAUGCAGCAGUGUUAGAGAUCCUUCACGCUGCUGUAGGCCUAGUUCCAUCUAGUGUUUUCCUAGUAUUAAUGCAGGUGUUCUCUCGAGUCUUCCUUGUCUGUGGCUCAUUGCUAAUAGCCCAUGGACCGACAGUGAGCCCUGGAUUACCAUUAUGUAUUUUUGCUUGGAGUAUCACUGAAAUUAUACGUUAUGCAUACUAUGCUCUAAACAUCAUCAAAGUUGUGCCUCAAUCUCUGCUAUUCCUUCGGUACUCAACAUUCUUAUUGCUCUACCCAAUAGGAAUAACCGGUGAGCUGCUGUGCCUAUACCACACCCUGGACGAAGUCGCUGAGAAGCAACUCUUCACUAUGUCCAUGCCUAAUACGUGGAACUUCAUUUUCAACUACUACUACUUCCUCGUGUUCUACAUGCUGUUAUACAUACCACUGUUCCCGGUUCUAUUCGGUCACAUGUUGAAACAAAGGACGAAAAUGCUAGCCGUUGAGGCCAAGAAAUCGAAAUAA